AUGGGCGCUAUAAGGGUCCAUUUUGGUAUACUUCUCGCUAUUCUUUCCAUUUUCGAGUUUUCUGAAGGAAAUCACAGAGCUUCGGAGACAGCUUCCUGUAAUGGUGGCCAUUGGAGUUCUCAAAAUCUAGAUGAAAACACCGCAGAGCAAGUGCGGAUAUAUUGUAGGAAAGAGCUUGGAGUUGGAGAAAUCACCAAAACUAUCAACAAAUUCAACUCAAAACAUGAUGAUAUUGAUACGCCAUCAAGAAAAACACUUAUGCAUAAUGCUCGAAAAGAGUUAUUAUCUCCGGUCAAACAUGAAUCUCUGGUCAAACAUGUAAUCCGAGUUGACUCAGUACCCAAAAACAAGCCUCCGGAUCAUGUGUUGCUACUCGGGAUUAUUGUUUCAACUGCUAUAGCGACACUUGCUCUUUUUGUUUUAAUGGUUUUUUGUUGCCUAGGUGGCAUUCAACCAAGAGCUAGAUCUCAAUGUGCACAACAGGACAAAAAACCGAAACCCGUUGUCAAUAUAUCCCCCGAGGGCAUUUCAGGUUCUUCACAAGCACCACAGGCUGUUGUAGGAAAUAAAGAUUUAAUUAAUUCUUUUAGCACCAACAAUUUAUCGACAAAUGUUUCUUCUCAAACACCAGAACUUGGAAAAUUACCACUUCCACCAGGAAGAAGCGCUCCUCCACCACCACUACCAGCAGCUCCACCGCCACUGCCGCCGCCAGCACCUCCACCGCCAAUGCCUCCGGCUCCUAAAGCACCACCGCCACCGCCACCCCGAAAUGGUCCCCUCCCGCCUGCUCCACCAAAACCAGGUGCUAUGAAAAAGCCACCUGGCCCACCUCUGCCUAAAAGAGGGCAUCUCGCUUCUGGAGAUGAAAAGGGUAGUUCUGGAAAUUCAAGUGGUAACAAAACAAAGUUGAAGCCGUUUUUCUGGGACAAAGUGAAUUAUGCUCCUAAUCGAUCCAUGGUUUGGCGUGAACUUAAUGCAGGAUCAUUCCAAUUCAACGAAGAGAUGAUGGAAAGUCUGUUUGGUUAUUCUUCUACAAACCAAAACAAGGGCGAAAGUGUAAAAUCCGCAUCAACUCAACCAAAAUUGAUCCAAAUUAUCGAUCCCAAAAAAGCACAGAAUUUGUCGAUUGUUCUAAAAGCAUUAAGCGCGACAAUAGAAAAUGUCUGUAAAGCUGUCACAGAAGGUAGCAUGCUUCGUGUAGAGUUAAUUACAAGUUUAAUAAAAAUGCCACCAACACAAGAAGAAGAGCUAAAGCUUCGAUUAUAUCAAGGUGACCUGGCACUUAUUACUCCAGCUGAUCGAUUCCUUAAAAUUUUGGUUGAAGUCCCUUUUGUGUAUAAACGUCUUGAAGCUUUGUUGUUUAUGAGUUCUCUUCAUGAAGAAUCUUCUCCACUUAAAACUGCGUUUCUCACUUUAGAGGUAGCUUGCACAAAGCUAAAAAACAGUAGGCUCUUCCUAAAACUUCUUGAAGCUGUUUUAAAAACGGGUAACCGUAUGAAUGUUGGGACAUAUCGUGGUGGGGCCCAAGCAAUUAAACUUGAUUCCCUUUUAAAACUUUCGGAUGUCAAGGGCACAGAUGGAAAAACCACAUUAUUAACAUUUGUAGUUCAAGAAAUCAUCCAAUCAGAAGGAAUAAAAUCCGCGCGUUCAUCAAACAUUAAAACAAAUGAUCAAAGCGAUGAAUAUUAUCGAAAACUCGGUCUCGAGGUUGUUUCUAAAUUAAGUAAUGAACUUUCGGAUGUGAAAAAAGCAGCAAUAAUUGAUGGUGAUCACAUUACAUCAACGGUUUUAAAAUUAGAAAACAUGUUGAAGAAAACAAGAGAUUUGAUCGAUGAUGAGUUGAGUAAAACGGAAGGUGCUAUUGAGUUUUGUGAGACUUUUAAUGGUUUUAUGGAGCAUGCGGAAAGUGAGAUCGUGUGGAUGUUAGAAGAGGAGAAGAGGAUAAUGAUGAUGGUUAAGAGCACGGGGGAUUUUUUCCAUGGGAACUCGGCGAAAGAUGAAGGGUUGAGAUUGUUUGUUAUUGUUAGGGAUUUUUUGAAAUUGUUGGAUAUAGUGUGUAUUGAGAUUAAGAAAAAUAAUGAGAAGAAUAGUAAAAAGAAAAAUAUCCCCUUGGGAAAAAGGGUACCCCCGGGCCCACAGAGUCGACAACUGUCGUGGUCUAGUGUUCGGGAUAAAUUGUUUCCGGCUAUGAAAGAUAAAAAGAUGGAUUCUUCGAGUUCGGAUGAUGAUGAUGAUGACAUGUCUCCUUAA